AUGGCUAUUAAUGAGACAUGGCUGCGACCGGGUGAGAGUGGUCGUGCCCCCACAGUGCCCGGGUAUAAGCUGCGACACGUACCGCGGCCGUCGGCCGUGUGCGGCGGCCGCGGUGGCGGGGUCGCUUUCUACAUCAGAGCGGGCGUCAACGCGCGCGUGCGGACGCACCCGGCUCAUUCCACCGUAGAACAAAUGUGGCUGACGUUAAGUUUAAAUAAAAAAAAAUUGCUUAUUGGCACGGCUUAUCGUCCACCAUGGCUCGACACGGACAUAUUUUUGGAUGCUAUCACUGAGAGUAUCGCCUCUUUCGCUCACUGUGACAACGUAGUCCUUCUUGGUGAUUUUAAUAUUAAUUUGAUCGAUAUCAAUGAGUCCAAAUAUAAAAAACUUUGUAAUUUUCUCAAUUACUGUAAUUUAAGACAGAUUAUACACACACCUACCCAUUUUAUUAACGACAGUAAGACUCUUAUUGAUAUAAUUUGUACAGAUGCACAUACUAGAAAUGUUUCUGUGGACCAUAUAAUUGAUCUUGGCCACCAUUCAUUUCUGUCAUGUGAAAUUUUAUUAAAAAAAGAUAAGCCGCACCCUAGAAUAAUAAAAUAUCGCCCUUUUAAGGAUAUAUUACCACAUUUGUUCGAAGCAGAUUUGGCACUCUUACCAUGGCAUAGCAUAUGUGACAUAGGUGAUGUCAACGAUAUGGUAUUAACGCUUAAUAGUAUUAUCUUACAGUUAUUUGAUCUCCAUGUGCCAAUAAAAACUAAAAGGCUCACAACGCGACCAACACCUUGGCUUACUGAUAAUGUAAAGUUUUUAAUAAAAUUGCGAAAUGACGCACAAAACAAAUAUCGUAAUUCGAAAUUGGAAUGUGUUAAAGAGUAUUACAAGGAACUAAAGCGCCAUACAUCUAUUGCAAUAUCUACUGAAAAAAAGGCAUAUUACAAUCAGUAUAUUAAUAAUAACAUUAAUAAUUCAAAAAAACUAUGGCAGAACAUUAAAUCGGACAUUAUGCCGUCUAAAACAGAACGCGAAGUUCCUUCAUUUUUUGAUGAUCCUAACGAAAUUAAUAAAUGGUUUCUUAAUGUUCCUGGAGAGAACAAUGUAAAUAUAUCGCAGCUAACAUUUUAUGAGUUUGGUAGAUUUGGUCCCUCUACUCUUGGUCUUAAACCAGUCAGUAAGGACGCAGUACAUAAAAUUAUUAACAACUUAAAAUCUAAUGCUCAAGGAAAUGAUGGGAUUACUCUUGAGAUGAUUAAACUCACUAUGCCUUAUUCGUUGGAAGCAAUUACGUCCAUAAUAAACAAAUCAAUUUUAAGUGGCACUUUCCCUGAAGCCUGGCGCACUGCUAUUGUACGUCCGAUACCUAAGGGUAAUGAUCCCACACAGUUUAAAGAUCUUCGCCCCAUUAGCAUUCUGCCCUGUCUGUCAAAAAUCUUAGAACGUGUAGUCUACUUACAAGUCUUUGAGUAUCUAGAGACAAAUGGGAUGUUGCCGGACUUGCAAUCUGGUUUUAGGAAAAAACGCAGCACAGCUACAGCUUUAUCAGAUGUGGUAGAUAAUAUCUUGGAGGCUCGGGAUUAUGGCAGAGAUUUGUAUAUGUAUAGAAUACCAACGCACUACUUAUAUAACUGUUUUUUACUUGUGACGCUAUGGUUCUUGCUGAAAAACAGCGCUGUAGCGCUUCAAGCGCUGCAGCAAUAUGCUGAGCACGGACCUACAUCACAGAACAUUGCGACACACACGCGCGCACGCAUUUAUGGCGUCCAUUGUAAUGAAGAAGCACUGCGUACAAUCUCUGAGUCACCCCCCGACACAAGCAACCCCCCCAUCGGAAUAACGAAACCGAAAAAUGCUCUCCGCCGUACGCCGUCCACCAUCCACCCCGACAAACGCGAUAAGAAGCAUAAAAAUUAA